AUGUCUGUCAAAUUAAUUGGUAGAACUACAAAUUUGUAUGGUAAGACGCUCUGGGAAAUUUUAGGCAAUCUCAGAACCACUGGUGUUGGUCGUCUGGUAACCAGGAACUCUUAUGAUCGAUAUGAAGAACCUAGCUUUUUCAAAGUCUUGUCCGUCGAACCCACUGCACAAAUAGAAGAUAAAGCAAGGAAAAUAAUAGUUCACGCUCAGAAAAUAUUCCGAGGUAAACACUACAAAGAGCCCGUUGAAAUAUACAGCGUAUCGUACAAACCUGAUUAUCGAUUAAUACCCAAAGAUGAAGAACAAUUGUGGUGGGAUCGAUUGGCCAAUUGCAAACCACGAGAAAAGUUUGUACCUGGAUCUAUUGAGUUACCACCACUCAUGAGAUUGGUAUUAGAACGUGACAACAAAGAUUCUAAUAUUAAAUUGCAAUUAAAAAUUAGAGGUGGUCGAGAUAAUGUUGCUAAAUCAGACAUAACUAAAACUGCAUCUUACGGUCCAAGUUUUUUCAAAAAUCAACAAAGUAGUUAA